AUGGAGAACUCCACUCACUCCACAGGGAUUAACUUCAUUCUUCUGGGGCUCUUUGACUACACACAGACCCAUCGAGUCCUGUUUUCUCUGGUGUUCAUGACCUUCAUCGCCUCCGUGGUGGGCAAUGCCUUGAUGAUUCUGCUCAUCCACACAGACCCCAGACUUCACACCCCCAUGUACUUCCUGCUCAGCCAGCUCUCCCUCAUGGACUUGAUGCUGGUCUCCACCAUCAUCCCCAAAAUGGCAGCCAACUACCUGCUGAACUCCAGGUCCAUUUCUCCUGCUGGCUGUGGUUCCCAGAUCUUCUUGUUCCUCACUCUGGGAGGGGGAGAGUGCUUCCUCCUGUCAGCCAUGUCCUAUGACCGCUAUGUGGCUGUAUGCCACCCAUUGCGCUACCAUGUUCUCAUGAGCCACAAGCUGUGUUCCCAACUGGUAGCAGGCUCCUGGCUUAUGGGAGGGAUUGAUGGGCUGAUGCAAGCCAGUGCCACUAUGAGCUUCCCCUACUGCCACUCCAGGGAGAUAGACCACUUCUUCUGUGAGGUACCUUUGUUGGUGAGCCUAGCUUGUGCAGACACCACUGUUUUUGAGCUUUUCAGGUAUGUUUGCUGCACCCUGAUGCUCUUGAUCCCUCUGUCUCUCAUUGUGGCCUCAUAUAGUCUCAUCCUGGCUGCUGUGUUAAGAAUGCAUUCUGCUGCAGCCAGAAAGAAAGCCUUCACCACCUGCUCCUCUCACCUGGCUGUGGUGGGGCUGUUCUAUGGCACCCUCAUGGUCAUUUACAUGAGACCCAAGUCCUACCACUCAGUGGGCCAUAGCAAAGUAGUCUCUGCAUUUUACACCAUCUUUACUCCUGUGCUGAACCCCCUCAUCUACAGCGUGAGGAAUAAAGACGUCAAGGGGGCCUUCAGAAAUUGGCUGGGCAAGACACAUGCUAUGUGA